AUGCAGGACAACGAGCCGCUCAUGAGGGCGCUCUCCAAGCUCAUCGCCGUCAACAGCCCGGACCUGGUCCUGUUCGUCGGAGAGGCGUUGGUUGGGAACAACGCCGUCGAUCAGCUCACCCAGUUCAACCAGAAACUCGCGGACCUGUCGCCUGUUCCUGCAGAGAGGAGGUUGAUCGAUGGCAUCCUGCUCAGCAAGUUUGACACUGUUGACGACAAGGUUGGUGCGGCGCUCUCCAUGGUUUACGUGUCUGGAGCUGCGGUCAUGUUCGUUGGCUGCGGUCAGUCUUACACUGACCUCAAGAAGCUGAAUGUCAAGUCCAUUGUUAACACCCUCCUUAAGUGA